AUGACAGUACAAGUAAUCCAGAUGGCAUAUGCUUGUGAGGGUGAAGACUGUGACAAUGAUGCCCCAAGUUUGGGGAACAGGAAUCAUGCUCUGAAAACCUUGAAUGUUCUCAAUCAACUUAAUUCUGAAAAGAGGAGGAACAAUCCAUCCAAUGUUAUACCUUUCAUUGGGAUCACAGAGACAGGCAAAUUGAACAAACACUGCUGCAAAAAUGGAGGAACCUGUUUCCUGGGAACUUUUUGUAUAUGCCCAAAACAUUUCAGUGGAAGAUACUGUGAAUAUGAUACAAGGAUCAGGCUCCGACAUGAAUGGACUCUAAGGCUGGAAAAUCAAAUUAAGAUGCUUCAAAAGGACAGCGAAAAUGGCAAAGUGCAGGAUAAGGUGUCUCCAAUUGAAAAUUUUAGCCAAACUGCUGACCAGACUUGA